AUGGCUACCUGUGAAACCACAUCAUUGAGGUUAAUCGGAUCAAUCACAAGGUUUUGUCAAACGGGAACCAGGCCGCCAGAACUACGAAGUAGUCCUAAUGACGUUUGUACAAUAUCAUCAUCAUUGUCAUCAUCAUCCUCAUCGUCAUCAUCACCACCAUCAUCAUCAUCAAGCAGCAGUAACAGCAGGAGCAGCAGCAGCAGUAGUAGUUGUAGUAGUAGUAGUAGUAGUAGUAGUAGUAGUAGUAGUAGUAGUAGUAGAAGUAGUAGUAGUAGUAGUAGUAGUAGUAGUAGUAGUAGUAGUAGUAGUAGCAGUAGCAGUAGCAGUAGCAGUAGUAGUAGUAGUAGUAGUAGUAGUAGUAGUAGUAGUAGUAGUAGAAGUAGUAGUAGUAGUAGUAGUAGUAGUAGUAGUAGUAGUAGUAGUAGCAGUAGCAGUAGCAGUAGUAGUAGUAGUAGUAGUAGUAGUAGUAGUAGUAGUAGUAGUAGUAGUAGAAGUAGUAGUAGUAGUAGCAACAGCAGCAGCAACAGCAGCAGCAGCAGCAGUAGUAGUAGUAGUAGUUGUCUUUGUAGUUGUCUUUAUAGUUGUUGUAGUAGUAGUAGCAGUAGUAAUAGCAGUAGUAGUAGUAGUAGUAGUAGUAGUAGCAGUAGCAGUAGUAGUAGUAGUAGUAGUAGUAGUAGUAGUAGUAGUAGUAGUAGUAGUAGUAGCAACAGCAGCAGCAGCAGUAGCAGCAGCAGCAGCAGCAGCAGCAGCAGCAGCAGCAGCAGCAGCACUGGGUCAUAUGCUUCAACAGGGUUACUUUUUAAACCUGUACCUAUCAUGGACAAAGGUCUUCAUAUUCUAGUGUGA